AUGGAGCGGUACCAAAAGCUUGAAAAAAUUGGCGAAGGCACGUAUGGCGUGGUGUACAAGGCUAAGGACCGUGUGACGGGUGAGGUGAUUGCACUAAAGAAAAUUCGAUUGGAGGCUGAAGACGAGGGCAUUCCCAGCACAGCCAUUCGCGAGAUUUCAUUGCUCAAGGAGCUCCAGCAUUGCAACAUUGUGCGCCUGUACAACAUUGUGCACACAGAGCGCAAGCUCACGCUUGUGUUUGAGUACCUAGACCAGGAUUUAAAGAAAUACCUGGAUGUAUGCGAGAAAGGACUGGAAAAGCCUAUCCUUAAGUCCUUCCUGUACCAGUUACUGCGCGGUAUUGCUUACUGCCACCAGCAUCGCGUUUUGCAUCGUGACUUAAAGCCGCAAAACUUGCUAAUAAAUCGGGAGGGCGAGCUCAAACUCGGCGACUUUGGUCUCGCGCGUGCCUUCGGCAUUCCAGUACGAAGCUACACACAUGAGGUUGUGACGCUUUGGUAUCGCGCACCUGAUGUUCUGAUGGGGUCUCGAAAAUAUUCAACGCCUGUAGAUAUCUGGAGCGUGGGCUGCAUUUUUGCUGAGAUGGCCAACGGUGGUCCUCUGUUCGCAGGCACGUCGGAAGCGGACCAGCUCGACCGCAUAUUCCGCCUUUUAGGUACACCCACGGUUGAUAUCUAUCCAGCUAUCGUUGAUCUGCCGGAUUAUAGACGAGAUUUUUCUGUGUACCCAACGCCAGAAACCUUGGCACACCUCGUUCCGAGUUUAGACGCGGAUGGCGUGGACUUGCUGGAGCAGAUGCUGCAGUACGACCCCGUCAAGCGUGUUACCGCGGCUGAUGCGAUGGGUCACCCGUAUUUUAGUGAUUUGUCUCCAGCACUUACUGAGAAUCAAUAA